AUGUUGUCGUGCAGAUACAGCACGCCUGGCACAAUCCCUUAUGAACGUCGCUUCCGAAGCGCCGAGCGCGUUCAGCAACUUACUUCCUGUGGGAGACACGCUACUCUUCCUCCUUUUCCCAUGGUUCCUUAUGCAAUAUCUUUGUCUUUGAGUGUGACUUGGCGCGCACUGAAAGAUUGUCCGCAAGCGGUGGACGAUCUUAUGUCUGGAAUUACGUUGCUUCAAGACACAUUGCAAGAGCUUGGGAAGUGGUCCCCAAAAGCCGCAGAGAUGAGCAGGCUCGGUCAUAAGCUCAUGCGCGCUCUCAGAGCCCCGGCGGCUAAUUCCACGACACCCGUAUUGAAGGCGAAUGACCACCAGCAGCUAGCAAGCAGUCAGCGCCUCUUAGAAGAUGGCGGAGCAGGUGAUGAACCCAGCCAGGGAGUACCAUCAGCUCUGGGCCGCGUUUCUGACAGGACUUGGGAAUCAGCAACUACUAGAACAAGCUCAGGGGGCACUUUGGAGACCCAGUUCACGGACGAGAGCCAACCAGACACGACCUCGGCAGGCUUUGAUGAAAUGUACAAUGCUCUCUCCCUGGGGUUCGGAGGAAACGUCGAUGGAUUCGAAGCGCUCAUGGCACCUGGGAUAUUCGAUUUUUCGCACUUGGAUGCUACCAACGGUGGCGACGCUUUCGGUCAUUAUCUUGAUACUGGCAAAGCAUGUUCUAUUGGCGGACAGUAUGCUUUUGCUGAUUUGAAUCCUUCUACAUCGGUUUCAUAUGGAAGCAUCCAAUAA